AUGAUGGAGAAACGUCCACAGGCCGGACUGCUGACCCUGCCGUAUCACCUGCGCCGGGUGCCCCUGGGCGUGCCGAGGUCCCUGCCCCGCCUCCCCCUGCGGGACUCCUUCAGAGUCUCCGUGAGUCUGGACUCCGCGUGCUGGGAGCCGGCGCUCGGCGGCGGCGGCGCCCCGAAGCGGCCCUACCUGCCCCUCCGGCUGGACGGCGCCUUCGAGCCCGCCUUUCUCCGCAAGCGCAACGAGCGCGAGCGGCAGCGGGUGCGCUGCGUGAACGAGGGGUACGCGCGCCUCCGAGACCACCUGCCCCGCGAGCUGGCGGACAAGCGCCUCAGCAAAGUGGAGACUCUCCGCGCCGCCAUCGGCUACAUCAAGCAGCUCCAGGAGGUGCUGGAGCGCCACGCGCGGGGACAGGAGGGUGCGGCCGGUGCCGGCUCCUCGCGCAGGGCCGAGUGCAACAGCGACGGCGAGUCCAAGGCCUCAUCGGCGCCUUCGCCCAGCAGCGAGCCCGAGGACGGGGCCAGCUAG